AACAAGGAACCGUUGUUUCGGAAGUAAAAUGACCGUUUGUCGGUUUAUCUUAAUUGCAAUAAUCUUAACGAAGGACUCGCGCGCGACCUACGACGACGUUUCCGAGAAUAAAACAACUACGCGCAACAGUAAGUCCAUAGUACCCGAGAAACGACUCCCUCCUGACGUGAUUCCCAAAAAGUACGUGAUCGUGAUUUGCCCCGAUCUCAAAGAGGAACUGUUCCAUGGCAGCGUUCGCAUCGAUUUAGAAUUGUUACAAGACAGAAGCUUUAUACCUCUGCACACGAAAGACCUGGACGUAUCAUCGGUGAAAUUGUACGCGAGAAAAUCGGGAACAGAAGUUAAUUUGCACUCUGUGUUUUACGUGAGCAGGCGUGAAAUGUUGGUGGUUGAACCCGAUAGGAAUCUCACGAUAGGGGAAUACUUUUUGAAACUGAAUUUUACUGGUAGUUUAAGAGGAAAGAUAAGCGGAUUCUAUCUGAGCACUUACACGGAUAAUAAUAGAUCUACCAGGAAACUAGCAGUAACGCAGUUCGAGCCGUUAUACGCCAGAACCGCGUUUCCUUGCUUCGACGAGCCAGGCUUUAAAUCGAUUUUCAUUGUCCGCAUUGUCUACGCGAAAAAAUUUCUCUAUCAUGCUCAAUCCAACAUGCCAGUCGCAAAAGUAGAGACUAUGAAAGAUGACAGUAGCAAAACUAUAGCGUACUUUGACCCCUCGCCACCGAUGUCCACGUAUCUCGUUGCCUUCCUCGUCAGCGACUUUGAGUGCUUAGGCUCCGAAGUGAAACUGCUGAACAAAAGCAAAAUUCCCAUCACUGUCUGCGUGAGGCCGAUGUACAAACACAAAGUGGCGUUCGCUCUGAAUUUUACGGUGAAAGCAAUGAAGUUUUAUUUGAAGACCUUUCAGAUCGAUUAUCCUCUACCGAAAUUAGAUCUGGUUGCUAUACCUGAUUUCACGGCUGGCGCUAUGGAGAACUGGGGCCUAAUCACGUUUCGCGAGACCGAGCUUCUCUACAGCGAGGGGGACAGUUCUUGCUUGAACAUGAGGAGCGUCAGCUUGACGGUGGCCCACGAACUGGCGCACAUGUGGUUCGGCAAUCUGGUCACCAUGAAGUGGUGGAACGAUCUCUGGCUAAACGAAGGGUUCGCUACCUACAUGGAGCAUAUGGCUGUAGACUCCUUGUUCUCCCACUGGAAUCUGAUGGAUUCGUUUCCUUUGUACACGAAAUACAUUGCAAUGAAACACGACGUGAAGCUUCGCGCACGUCCAGUCGUGAAGCGAAUCGAGAAUCCUGAAGAGAUAGAAGAGAUGUUCGACCGGAUUUCUUAUCAGAAGGCAGCGGCGGUGAUCAGGAUGCUCGAGGACGCGGUUGACAAUACGAACUUCAUUUCUGCAGUAAGAAACUACUUGCAGAGUUACCAGUUUCGCAACGCGGAGUCUCGCGAGCUGUUCGAGAUUCUGGGUAACAGUACACAAAGUGCGAUCGAUAUGGUAGACUUCGUCGACCGAUGGAUGAGAUUCCCUGGAUUUCCAGUGAUCAACGUCGUCUAUGAUAAAACCGGAUAUCGACUGUCCCAGAAACGAUUCGCUACUAGCGAGCGAUUCAUCGAGACGAUCGAUGAUGGAAGCUGGACGAUUCCUAUAAGAUACGUAACCAGCAGGAUGGAGGGUGUCAAGCUGGACUGGUUCCUCGCUAAUUUCUCUUGCGUGGAAUUGCCGUUGGAGAAAUCAGUGGACUGGAUCAAAUUGAAUCACAACUCUGCGGGCUACUAUAUCGUAAAUUACACGGAAGACGCGUGGAACACGUUCAACAGUUUGCUACUCCACGAUCAUCGAGCCUUGAGCGCGGCGAACAGGGCCGACUUGUUGCACGACGCGUUUCUUUUAGCGGAAACUGAUCUAAGCUAUUCUAUAGUUAUGAACUUGACCUCGUAUCUGGCGAACGAGAACGCUUAUCAACCGUGGGCGGUAGCCGCGGAAUGGUUCGGUCAGAUGAACAGGCUUUUAGCUGGCAGAAACGUACACGCCAAUUUCCAGUCAUAUGCGAGGGAUCUCGUCGACAAAUUAUAUCGUCAAAUGGGAUGGCGCGUUCAUACGAAGGACCCCUUCAGUCUCAGAGAAUUUCGCGUAUUGAUAUUGAACGCGGCUUGCAGCGUGGGCCACGUGCACUGUCUCGAGACAGCAAGAAAAAAGCUGAGGAACCACCUUUCCCGGCGUAAAGAGCAAAAGUUGCACGCCGACGUUCGCUCUAUCGUCUAUUCGUACGGCUUCGUUCUGUUGUCGAACGACACUGAUUCCGUGUACGAGCACAUGUCGCGAUUGUAUAAGGAACAGACGGACGCUCAGGAGAAAGAGAGGCUGUUGACCGGGAUGACUGGGCUACAGGAUAAAGACGCUCUUAAUCGAUAUUUGGAACGGGCGAUGGACGAAAGUUUUGUUCGGAAGCAGGACUUUUCAGGAGUGCUGAUCAAAAUCGCCUCGAAUCCCGCGGGGUUGGACGUCGCUUGGGAUUUCGUACGAGAUCGGUGGGAAGCUCUGCUAGUUAAAUACGAGGCGAACGAGUUUGCUUUGGGAAGAAUCGUUUGCGCGAUUAUAUCGCUGUUUAAAGAUCGGCAACGAUUGCAAGAAGCGAGGCAAUUCUUCCUGAGAGAAUUAGAUCUGAAAAUAACCGAGAACGCGAAGAGGAACAGCAUCGAAGAAAUAGAGAACAGUAUAAAUUGGCUGGAGGCAAACACGUGGACUAUCGAGCAAUGGCUCGCGAGCAACGGUUUCGAUUAAUCCUCCUUUCUUGCGAGACA